AUGGCCUUUGUGCGACAGCGUUUUUGGCCAUUAUCGUUGCGAUCCACAACGCGCGGCAUAAUACAAAAAUGCACAAUUUGUUUCAAGGCCAAACCCACGCAAUCAGAGGCCUUGAUGGGUUCAUUGCCAGCUACCCGAGUUAACGUUUCUAGGCCGUUUUCCCAUUGCGGCGUGGAUUACGCUGGACCUUUCCUGCUGCGCGAGGGAAAGCGUCGUAAUGCGCGAAGUCACAAGUCAUACGUUUCACUUUUCGUAUGCUUCGCCACGAAGGCAGUUCACUUAGAAUUGGUGAGUGAUCUCACUUCCGAGGCAUUUAUUGCCGCAUUCAAGCGAUUCAGUUCGCGUAGAGGUAAGCCCUCGCACAUGUAUUCGGACAAUGGGACCACAUUCGUGGGCGCCCAAAAACAGAUUCAGGAAUUAUACGACAUCUACAAUAGUCACGAGGUCCAAGCCAAAAUCAAAGACUUUUUUCUAGAGUCGGAAAUCUCAUGGAAUUUCAUUCCUCCCAACGCGCCUCACUUUGGAGGGUUGUGGGAAGCGGCGGUAAAAUCCGCUAAGCAUCACAUGACUAGAAUCGUAGGCAAGGCCCUCCUGACUUUUGAAGAAAUGCAGACGAUUUUUUGCGAAAUUGAAGCAAUCCUGAACUCUCGACCUUUAACGCCGCUAAGCUCCGAUCCCAACGACCUGGCGUACCUAAGUCCGGGACAUUUUUUGGUUGGCACGGUUUUAAAUGGUCUUCCUUGCGCUGACGUCACCGACGUUAACGAGAAUAGAUUAUUGCGGUGGCAACGCGUAGAACAAACCCGACAGCACUUUUGGCGUAGAUGGAGUAAUGAAUAUCUCCAUUCUUUACAGGCGAGAUCCAAGUGGAUGGCCGACAAGGGCACUUCAUUAUCGGCUGGACAACUCGUGCUAAUAAAACAGCAAAAUUUAGCCCCCCUUCAAUGGGCGAUGGGGCGGGUUCAAGAGGUUUAUCCGGGCCCUGACGGGAUUGUACGCACUGCUCUGAUAAAAACUGCCAAGGGUUCAUACGUGCGGCCACUGUCUAAGUUAGCAAUAUUACCCAUCGAAUGUUAA